AUGGCUAUAGGACUCAUCACCAGCCCUCCAAUCUCAGGCAUAGUGUUCUUCUCUCUGGUACUUGUCCUCAGCUUUCACUCCACACUGACAAUGGAUCAUUCAGAAGCCGCUGUGCAACUACAUGAUGAUGAAUCAACCUCAAUGUCCCUUCCCCAGCAGCCUCCUCCAGCUAGUGGCAACUGCCUCUAUCCUUGCCUUCCGCCGCCCCCAACCACCGUGAAUUGUCCCCCUCCGCCGUCGCCACCAGUACCUCUACAGCCGCCCGGUGAGCCACCAAUUCCGUACUACUACUUCCCCCCGCCAUGGUACUUGCAGGUUGCCCCGCCCCCGCCUGAUCCUAUACUGCCUUACUUUCCAUGGUACUACAGGCAUCCUCUCCGAGAUCAAGACAACCCGUCAUCAGCACCAAUUCAGAAGCGUUCAAGCAUCACGCUUCUUUGGAUUAUUUUCUUAGUGGUGUUGGCUUUGGUAUAA